CAUGAAGAGGGCCAUGUCCAUCUAGAAAUCGAGGAGCACAUGCCGCCCCAAGAUCAAGACCGAAUGACUGAAAAAUAAACUAAGUCUGGAAGAGGUACAUGCUCCUUCAAGGAGAAGCACGUGCCAUCUCGCUUCACGGGAAGAGGCAUGGACGCGAGACAAGAUGAGACGUCCAUGCCGAGUCAGGAGAAGGGGAAUGGAUGGGAGACAAGAGGUUUAGGCAUGAUUGAAAAACUAAGUAUGAGAAAGCCAUGCCAGCUCAAGAGAAGAGCCAUGUGCAUGAUUGAGAGAUCCAUGGCCGUGUCACGAGAGGGGCCAUGGACGCAAGGCCGAGAUCAUACUUCAAAGAAGACAAAGAUAUUCUAAGUGUGGAGAAGGACUUGUCUCUUUAACGAGGAGGGUCAUGUCUCUCUAGAGAUCGAGAAGGUCAUGCCGUGUCACAGGAUGAGCCACGAGCAUGAAUGAGAGGUCCAUGGCCGUGAAUGAAGAGGCCAUGCCGCCUUAUGACCAAAUUUGAAUGACCUAAAAAUAUUCUAAGUCUGGGAAGAACAUGCCGCUUCACGAGAGGGGCCAUGUGCACGAUUGAGAGGUCCAUGCCCCCUCAUGAGAGGGUCCAUGGACACAAAUAAAAAGGGUGUGGUGAUGGAGCAUUAUAUCACUAGUGAAUAUGUCUCAAGAGGCAAGAAGACCACAACCCCCUUUGUGAGAUACCACAUGCUUAUCAAAAGACUAGCAUGACACGAGAUUCAGAACAAGACCAGGCGAGGCAAGCUACACUCCAAGACCCACGACGCUUACAAGAGAGGUCCCUAAGCGGUUGAAAGAGUAACCACCACUCUGAGGAAGCAGGGAGCGGUUCUUUGUAGCAGUUAUCCAACAAGAGGUUUUCUAUGGCGGUACCUCCUCGUGGCUAUAAAUAAGAGGAGGGGUGAACAGAGACAAAGGUUUCAAAACCAACACUCUGACACACAUGUCAAGUUUAUCCUUUACCUUUUCUCUAUCAUGUAGCCACAGAUGUAGUUCGUAGUUUGGAGCUCUCGCCGAACCUCCAUAGGAGUAGAAGUAAUUUAAUUUAGAUUUUUUCCUAAAAACCAUCAAUCAAACACCCUCGUUCGAACUUUGUUUGAAGAGGUGUGAUCCGUGUUUUAGUAAUCGUUGUUCAAAGAAGUCAAAGGUGCAAUCAAUCUUAAUUCAACGCAAGAAGUUUUCUCGCCGAAAAACAGGACCAAUCCACUGAACCCCUACUUCCAAGUUCCACCAUUGAUUAAAAGGCCUUAAGUUGACCCAAAGCAUGGUCGGCCCAACUUGAUUGGAGUAAUAAUUGACUUUUCAUUAAAAAACAUGAGGGGAACCCAUUUCCUCACAGUCCUCGAAUUAUUUGGACGGUCUGACCACCCCUUCACCUUCUACUAGUUGUGGGCCCGACCAGUUGGUCGGAUUCCAUCGCCAAUUACAUAAAAUAUGAAUUAGCAAAAUACUCGAAAUAUUAAAUUGAUUGGUAAAAUAAGAAAAUCGAAACUAUUAAAAUACUUCAAUAAUUCGUAAGGAUCAACAAUCACAUAGUUCUCUGACAUUUUAAUGACUCAUAAUGACAUUCUCAAAUCAAUCUUCUCUUUACUCCUCGUCGUUAGAGAUUAAUACACAUUUUCUUUUUUACUUGUUUGCAUUUCCUCCGUCAUGAACAACAUUAUAUUCUCCACCAAGAAUCCCGUCUUCAUCUCUAUUAGUGAGACAUUUAUAUGCACUAUCAAUUGCUUCUUCCUUCUUCCCUUGUAUUUCAAUACUCUGCGAAGUAUAUUUAUUCAAAGCCUAAAACCGCCUAUUGGUCGGACCAAUUGUAUUUUAUGUAAAAUCAACCUAUCCUUGUAUCUUACUAUUUUUUUUUUAUCUCCGAAAUGAUUUGUUUUGUCGUAACAUCCUACGACUAAAUAUUUGUAGUCAACAAUCAAUCGAUGAUUUAGACCAAUGUCAUAAACCAUAUAUAUUUCUAAAUUAAGAUGUUUAAUACCUAAUUAAUGACAGUUAGUUAUGUCUCCCAUAAGCCUAUGUUGAAAUAUUUUGGCAUAUAUCAUGAUUUCUAAAUUAUUUAAUGUUGGCUCAUUCCCAGCGUGGAGAUUUGUAAAUUGUCGAUGGAAGACAUUAUGCCUCAAAUUUUCAACCAUGAUACACAAUAUACGUUAGCUAAUUCUUCUCAAAAUUAGGAAUAACUUUCAAACAAUACU